CUUGGAUUUAAAAACGUCAUUUUUUAGAAUUAUCGAGGGGGGAAAAUAAUGCCUGUCUCUUCUGUUCUCUUUGUCGAAACUUCAUCGUUGACAUUCCUAAAUUUAUGAACUAUUAUUAACCUACAAGAUAACAUCCAAUACUAAUUCAAUUCUGUUUCGCCAAUGAAUCUUCGUUUCUGACCGCCGUUCAAUCAAUUAGACUAAGAUAGACAAGAUGUACUAACACUCGACUCGACCCCGUCGAAUUUCCCUUCGCCGCCGACUUUCACUCCUUACCUUAACGAACUCGAUUCCGUCAAUCUGUCAUCUAGUGCCAAAGCGGUGCUAGAUAGCAACCGUCUUAAUUCAACAUGUCGGAUGCUGGAGAUAGUCAGCACAAGAGGUCCAAGUCUGCCGCCCUCUCUUUACUUCGUCGCAAGGAUAGAGAAAACCGUCAUGAUGACGACGCUACCUCCGAAGAGGGUUCGCAAACCUCUGGUCUAGCUUCACAUCCAACUACGACUGCUUCCGCCCCCGCCAUUCCUACCCAUCAAUACAGUACCUCCAAGGGUCAUAACCAAAGAAUGUCGCUAGGCCGAAUCCCCUCGCGCGAACCCGGCUUGACGCCCAGCCGAUCCAACAAUUCCGCUGUCGAAAAAGGAUCGAGUCUUGAACAAUCCGUCCGCAAAUUUCGAAUUGUAGAAGCCCUUCGAAGCGGUAAUACGGCCGCUAUAUCUAAAGCGAUUAGAGAAACAUCAGAAAAUGGACCUCGCGCAAGCACAUCAUCUAUGAACGGUGCACAUAUCGUACCCCUAGACGAUACGACGGUUCUUCACCUUGCUAUUCAAUGCGCCGAAUACGAUGUUGUAGAAUACGUACUAUCUGAUGGUGCUGGAUAUAUCGAUGUAAACGCUCGAGAUAAAGAUGGAAAUGUGCCCCUACAUAUCGCUGCUUCUCAGGGACGCAGCCCAAUAGUCCGAUUAUUACUCGAGCAAAAAGAUAUCAAUGAUGCUGUCGCGAACAAUCAAGGAAAAUUGCCUUUAGAUGUGGCACGAAAUCCCGAGAUUUUCCAACAGCUCCAACUCGCAAGAACAUUAUUUGUCCAGGAUAAGGUAAAGCAAGUUCAGGAUCUUGUGCGACAAGGCGCCUACGACACAUUGGGUCAAAUUCUUGAGGAACCCCGCGUUAAGACGAUUCUCGAUAUCAAUAGUAUUGAACUACCCUGUGAUCCGAUAACCGUUCAAGCUGGCGGAACAUUACUACACGAAGCCGCCCGAAAGAGAGAUACGAAACUUAUCCAAGCCCUCCUCCUUCACGGCGCAGACCCAUUCCAACGAGACCGCAAAGGCAAACUUCCUCAACAAGUUACGAAUGAUGACGUUACGAAGGCGAUGCUCAAGAGAUCACCUGCUGCGGUGGCCGCUCAGCGAGGUAUUCAGGAGAAAGCAGUUUUGGGACAUGCGACUUCGCAAGCUGGACCUGGAUCAGCUGUCACUGGCGAUCCAUUAGCUGGCCACCAACCUCAGAUGAAGGGUUAUCUCAAGAAGUGGACAAAUUACCGUAAAGGCUACCAGUUACGUUGGUUCGUGCUUGAAAAUGGUGUUUUAAGUUAUUACAAGCACCAAGACGAUGCGGAAAACGCCUGUCGCGGAGCCAUCAGCAUGCGCAUUGCCCGGUUAUACAUGAGCCCGGAAGAAAAGACGAAAUUUGAGAUUAUAGGAAAAUCAUCUGUCAAGUACACCUUGAAAGCCAACCAUGAGGUUGAAGCUAAGAGGUGGUUCUGGGCUUUGAACAAUGCGAUUCAGUGGAUGAAGGACCAGGCGAAGCAAGACGAACGACAGAAGGCGCAGAGUGCUGAAAUGCUACGACAGGCGAGGGAUAGCCUCACCAAACCACCGGAGUCGAUUAAUGACUCCCAUAGCGAACUUGGAAUCACUGCUGAGCCCAGGAGUAGUACUCAACUGUCCCGUCUUCCUUCAGCCAGAGCGUCUGUUCCGCGUGUCGGGAUUUCCCGUGUUAGUACCGCGGGUAGUGCGGAUGAGGAUUUUGCCGACGCUGGUAGUCCCGAAACGAAAGCGCAAAGCAAUGGAGCACCCACAAUUCCGGGCGAGGUGGACGAUGACGAUGACGAUGAAUAUGUGGAUCACUCAAGCCGUGGCGAAUCUUCAACGGCAACUAAGGAUGCCUUUAAUAUCACUGCGCAAUCAGCAAGACUCCAAUUGGACACGUUGGCAUCUGUGAGUGCUGCCUUGCAGGCAGAAGCUCAUAAGAACCCUUCUUUAUCGCUUGUAGACCCAAAGGCAGCGCAAGCUUUAGCAACUUACGAUGCAGCAAUUCGGAGUCUGAAGGGCCUUAUGGGCGACCUCCUUAGGAUAUCCAAGGAUCGCGAUGCGCAUUGGCAAUAUCGCCUCGAGCAAGAAACCGAGAUGCGACGAAUGUGGGAAGAGAGCAUGGCCAAGGUAGCCGCAGAACAAGAGGUCCUAGAGGCAAGAGUUAGCGAGGCGGAGACUAAGCGAAAGAUGGCUAAACGUGCGCUUCGCGAAGUCAUAGGAAGUACCAGCGAAAGCCGACCGAUGAGCAGCGAUAGUUUCACUGUAUAUGAAGAGCCAGCCAGCGCUGAGGAUCAAGUCGCUGCGGGACUCCACUCGCCUUCGAUGAAGAGUCUAGGUCGUAAAUCGACCACGCGCUCUCACGCUAUCGAGAUCUCUAGUGAUUCCGAGUCUGAGCAAGAGGAGUUCUUUGAUGCAGUUGACGCUGGGGAAGUAGAUGUGGAACCAAUGCCACCGUCCGAUAUUAUACCAUCCAAAGAUGGAAAACAAGAAGUCGUGGUUUCAGGAAUUGAUGUCAGCAGUGCCUUCAAAGGUUAUGAAAAUGGUUUCAGAACAAGACUCAAGUUGGAUGAGGACAACCGACCAAGGAUUGGUCUAUGGGGUAUUUUGAAGUCGAUGAUUGGCAAGGACAUGACGAAAAUGACGCUUCCGGUAUCAUUCAACGAGCCAACAUCUUUACUUUACCGGACCGGUGAAGACAUGGAAUACGCUGAUUUGUUAAACAUGGCAGCAGAUCGGUCAGAUUCCAUUGAGCGCAUGCUGUACGUCGCGGCUUUCGCGUCAAGUGAAUUCGCGUCUACUAUCGGCCGCGUAGCCAAGCCUUUUAACCCGCUUCUCGGUGAGACUUUCGAGUAUGCAAGACCGGACAAAGGCUAUCGCUUCUUUAUUGAACAAGUCAGCCAUCAUCCACCCAUCGGAGCAGCGCAUGCAGAAUCUGCGCAAUGGACCUACUGGGGUGAAGCCAAGGUCGAUUCAAGAUUUUUGGGCAAAUCGUUCGAUAUUUACCACCUAGGUACCUGGUUCUUAAGAUUGCGCCCUACGGCUGGAGGUAAGGAAGACUUUUACACCUGGAAGAAACCGAAGUCGCAGGUCGUUGGUAUCAUCACAGGUAACCCCGUCGUAGAUAACUAUGGAUUGGUGGAAAUCAAGAACUGGACAACAGGAGAAACCUGUCUACUGGAUUUCAAGCAGCGAGGUUGGAAGGCAUCGAGCGCAUACCAACUCUCAGGAAAGAUCCUUGACUCGGAUGGUCGACCACGCGUGAGUUUAGGUGGUCGGUGGAAUUCCAAAUUGUACGCCCGUCUCACGCCUGGCUUCGAAGCCAGCGUCGAAGAGCCACAGGAUACACGGGGAAGUAUUAGCGAUCCUAGCAGAGCUUUUAUCGUAUGGGAGGCAAAUCCUCGGCCCGAGGGCAUUCCCUUCAACCUCACACCAUUCGUGCUCACGUUUAACCACCUGGAUAAAAAUCUCCGGGAAUGGAUUGCUCCCACAGACUCAAGAUAUCGUCCCGAUCAGAGGGCCAUGGAAGACGGCGAGUACGACUUCGCAGCCACUGAAAAGAACCGACUUGAAGAAGGGCAACGAGCUCGACGGAAAGUAAGACAGAUGACGGGUAAGGAAUUCACACCUGCGUGGUUUGAAAAGGCAACGUGUGAAAUCACGGGCGUGGAGUACUGGAAAUUCACAGGCAAAUAUUGGACACAACGAGAAAAGUUCGGCAGUGGGGAUCCUCACGCAUGGGAUGGUUUGGAGCCGAUUUAUUCUUCCGAGUAGAAGGAACAUCUGCCAACCUCCCGUAAUAAGUAGUGGCGAUAUACCGCGUUGAAGAAACAAGAUUUGAACCUGUACACAAAGCUGUAAACCGAGUAUGUAUAAAGAAACAAUACAGCACCACUACCUUGACGGUGAUUUUAAACGUAUGAAUUUUCCACGAACUCCACUAUGUCAAUCCCUCUAGGCAGACAUUAAAAAUUCAAAAUCCGCCUUGACCUCUUGAUGAUAUCUACGGUUCUGACAAGGCAGAUGAUAUCCAAAUCAAGAAGUGAGAAGCGAAAUGUCAUCCCACACAUGUGCAAUUACCUGCAUGUAGAAACUAGACAUGUGCCAACGUUUGAUAACCCGGGCUGACUUUGUCCGUUGAAGAUGUACCAUGGCAU